CAUUUUUUACUAGAGAUGUGGGAAAAAACACGGGUUGACGGAAAAAGAAUUUUGAAGCACAAUGCAAUACCAACCGUUUUUGAGACAAUCCCUGAAGCAGUUGUUGCAUGUACAAAUAUUGAAUUAAUGCAAUUAGAGAUGGAUGACAGAUUGAAUCUCGUCAGCAAUGAAAUGUCCAUUGAAAUUCCUCAUGAACCUACUGAAUCCAGCAUUGAGGUUAUGGAAAAUGAAUCAAAUCCAUCUUCAUCUCGCCUUAAUUGUGACAUAGAUUGGAAGAAAAAAUAUGAAACACUCAAUGAGUUAUAUGAAAAACGUGAAAAGACUUAUCAUGGUGUUCUAAAAAAAUACAAUAAGUGUUGCAACAUCCUUAAAGAAAAGGUGAAAAAGUUAAAUGCAGAAAAAAUAAGUUUACAUAAGCAAUGUGUAAACAAUAGAAAAUCACAGUCCAUUAUUAAAAACAUAUUUAAUGAUGAUCAAAUAAGAGCAUUGGUAAAUAAAUCAAAUCAAGGCUCUAAGUGGUCUGAAAAAACAAUUAAAAAAGCACUUCGACUGAAAUUCUCUUGCGGACUGAAUGGAUACAACGAACUUUUGCGACAACGUAUGCCUUUGCCAUCAGUGCAUACUUUACAAGAAAAACUAGAAACCCUCCACUUUGAAGAAGAAAUUUGCGAAGAAAUUUUCGAUAUUUUAAAAGAAAAAGUACGCGGCUUUGCAGAUGAAAGAGAUAAAGAUGCUAUGAUUGCGAUAAAUGAAAUGAGCAUUAAUAGUGGGACGCAAUUUGACCCAUCAACUCGAUCAUUUUGUGGUCACAGUUCAUUACUGUUGGGCGUGAGAAUUUAUUGAAAGAUAAAUACGACGUUAUUAAACGUAAAAACGAUAAACGAAACUUAUAUUUAUUAUCUGCUUGUAGCACGACGAACAAUGACCAUCAUAAGCAAAAGAACGUACAACCAUGAAUUAUAAUAAGACAAAGGACUUAAC